GGGGGCAGACUUCCAGGGACCACAGCCGCCCAACAAGGAAGAGGAGCCGCGAUAUCAGAGAACACUCCAGCCCAGCAACAUCCACAUGAUGAAGAGGAGGAGGAAGAAGACACCGGGACUUGGUUUUGUCCCGUUCGACUCCCGUUAAAAGAGAGAAAGAGAGAGAGAGGAGAAGAGAGAGAGAGAAAGAGAGAGAGAGAGAGAGAGCGACGAUGACCGAAGUGCGUUCCUUCCUUACCUGAGCGAUGCCGGCAUUGCCGCUCGUCGUUCGGGACAAGAACAAGUGUUCGAUUCCGCACCCGAGCAGAGGACGGCAGCGCUUCACCCGCCUCUUCAUCAUCAACUCCUCACCGGCUUCUCCUCCAUGUCAGCACUUUCUCCUUCGGCCUGACAAGUCCGGAACAAGUCCAAGUCCAAGUCCAAGUCCAAGUCCGCAAGCCGCCGAGCCUCAAUAUGUACCAGGGCCAUUUACAGGGCAAAGACUCUAGGGCCGCAGAUAAGACUGUUGCCAUGGUCCUGAAGGAGAUACCCAGUAAGGCGUCGUCAGAAGGGAAGCCCCUCCUCACAGUGACUACCAAGCUGGUGGGUGAGCAACAAGAGAGCCGCCCUCUCCUGAGUCCGUCUAUUGAUGAUUUCCUCUGCGAGACCAAAUGUGAUGGACUUUCCCGUCCAGUGACGUCCAACACAGCAGUCCUGUCGUCAACGCUGGACCUGCUGGACUUGAGCGAGCCCAGCGAGCAGCGCAACAACAAGGACAGGAAGAGUCCUCUCUCGUCACGGAGCGACAAGUUGAACAGCCCUCACAGGAAGAAGACGGCCGAGACGGAGCUGAUCCACGUGGAGGUGGAGCAGAGCGUGCCCACGCCGGAGAGGGCGUCGCUGGACUCGGUUAUCAUCGCUUCGCCGCUGGAUAAAUGGGAAGACCUGAACCCCAACCCCGAGAGAAAUGGCAACAGGAAGUGGAAGUUGGAGAGACGGCGUUCUUCCAAGAACUCCUCCAGUGAAUUACUAUGGUCCAUUGAGUGUAAAACGCAACUAGAGCCGUUGAAUAAGAACAGCGUGGAAUCAAACACCAAAGCGGAGCCCGAGUCGGCUCUCGCAUCUCAACUCAACAGGCCGUAUAUUAGUGGAAGACAUGCUCGUCUAACCAAGGAUCAGCGGUGGGGCAGUGCCCUUUUGUCCAGACAUCAGUCCCUGGAGGAGGAGUUUGAACGAGCCAAGGCUGCUGUUGAGUCGGAUACGGAGUUCUGGGAUAAGAUGCAGGCCGAGUGGGAGGAACUCGCUCGCCGGAACUGGCUCACGGAGAACGAGCAAGGCCAGAUUCCCUCCACGGUCUCGCCCCAUGAGAAGGGUUACUACUUCCACACGGAUAAUCCUUAUAAGGACUUGCCCAACGCAUUCGAGGAGGGGCUUAAGAAGUCCAGAGAAGGAGACCUGCCAAACGCCGUGCUUUUGCUGGAAGGCGCCGUCCUGCAGGACCCUCACGAUUCCGAGGCCUGGCAAGUCCUGGGGACCACCCAGGCUGAAAAUGAGAAUGAGCAGGCGGCCAUUGUCUCCCUCCAGAGAUGUUUGGAGCUUCACCCCAACAACCUCCCGGCCCUGAUGGCCUUGGCGGUGAGCCUGACCAACACGGGGAUGCGCUACGACGCCUGCGAGGCCCUGCUCCGCUGGCUGCGACACAACCCCAAGUACAAGCAGCUUCUGAAGGGCAAAAACCACCUGAUGGGCUCGCCCAACUCCCAGCGCAGGAUGUCGCAUGCGCCCAGCGUGGGCCGGCAUGAAAGCGCCAUGCUACCGGAGGUCAAGGAGGUCUUCCUGGAAGCCGUCCAGCACAACUCAGACACCGUGGACCCGGACUUGCAGACCGGCCUCGGGGUGCUCUACAACCUCAGCGGCGAGUUCAACAAAGCGGUGGAGGCCUUCAACACGGCCCUGUCGGUGCGGCCCGAGGAUUACUUGCUGUGGAACCGACUGGGGGCCACGCUGGCAAACGGGGACCGGAGCGAGGAGGCGGUGGAGGCGUACACGCGAGCCCUGGAGCUGCAGCCGGGAUUCAUCCGGUCCCGCUACAACCUGGGAAUCAGCUGCAUUAACCUCGGAGCGCACAGAGAGGCGGCCAGCAACUUCCUGACCGCCCUGAGCCUUCAGCGGAAAAGCCGGAGUCGCCAGCAGUCCCACCAGGUGAUGUCGGGAAACAUCUGGGCUGCUCUCAGGAUCGCUUUGUCCAUGAUGGACCAACCCGAACUCUUCCAGGCCGCCAACAUCGGCGACCUGGACCUUCUCAUGCGAGCCUUUCAUUUAGACAUGUGAGGAAUGCUAAAGGUAGUACGCCCCCCCACCAUACCCCCCCUCCCACCCGGUAGCUCAAUGCCCCACCUAGUGGACAUGUACUGAAAUGAAGCGGCUAUCUUUAAACCCGGUUCCCUGGGACCGGUUGGACGGAACCCAAGAGCACAAGAACGGGUCCAGAUUGUAUGAACGAUGCCUUAGAGAACACAGCAAUUCCAAACGGACUCGAACAGCGGAAUUCUCACGGAGGGACCUCAUGUUUGCACACAACGGAUGACUUCUUUGGGGGGGGAACGGACAAUUUAGCGGAAAAACGGGAUUCUCUGGAAGACUCAAGAAUGGAUUCAGAGAGAAACGUUCCAGUUUCUCUUCCUGGCUUGUCGUCGUCCCCUUUUUGGAAAAACGGGAACAAACUGAAGUCCUGCAUGACUUUUCCACAAGUUUCCCUUUUUGCACUUGAGACUAAACGGAGAACCUCCCGCAUUCAUGGAAUGUUUAGCCAGCUUGUGUAAGCCUUACUCCAAACGCAUGCCGACUACUACUUCCUACUACUUCCUACUACUUCCUACUACUUCAUACUAGUUUUAUUUGGAUGCCAACACCAGGCCACGCCCACCACACCCAAAAACACACCAAGCCUCAAUCCGGUUUCACACCAUUUCAGCUCUCAGCUCGGAAUCUUUCAGCCAUCUUUAUUUCACUUCCCACUACGCUAACAUUCCAUUGGACGGAUUCAUCAUUCCUUUAGUUCUCAUCGAUCACUCACUGGAAGGAAUUGGGUAUCCGUUCACUUGAGUCGUUCAUUCAUUCAUCAAAACACCAAGUCUGGCUAAAAGAGAUGGUCGGUGAGAACCCGUGAGACCAUGAAAAUCCACUUUUGGUCAAGGACCAGCGAGUCCGUGCAACUAGUCUCCGUUGUUCGAGCAUCAGUGAGUCCGGUCUUUGUCGAGUCCUGGUGAGUCAGUGAAACUUGAGUCUUUGUUGAGGGCUCGUCUUUGUCAAGCACCGUUUAGUUUGUGAGACGGGUUUUUCAUGCAUCAGUAAGUCAGUGACAGUCCGGUCUUCGUCGAGUACUCAUGAGUCCGUGAAACCUGAGUCUUCAUUGAGUGUUAGCUUUUACGUCAGUUUGGGAAAGAUGUUUUCCGAGCACCAGUGACUCAGUGAAACUCGAGUCUUUGUUGAACGCUUGUCUUUGUCAAGCACCGCAAGUUUGUGAGACGGGUUUUGGGGGAUUUAACCUUCGCAUGAGUUUAUGAAACACGGUUUUAGAGCACCAGUGAGUCAGUGAAAUCCAGGUCUUUGUUGAGCACUCGUGAGUCAGGGAAACUUGAGUCUUUGUUGAGUGCUUGUCUUUGUCAAAAACCAUGAGUUUGUGAGACUGGUUUUUCAUGCAUCAGUAAGUCAGUGAAAAUCCGGUCUUUGUCGAGUACUCAUGAGUCAGUGAAACUUGAGUCUUCAUUGAGUUUCUGAAAGACAUUUUCCGACCACCAGUGAGCCAGUGAAACUCGAGUCUUUGUCAAAAACCGUGAGUUUUUCGAGCACCAAUGAGUCAGUGAAAGUCCAGUCUUCGUCGAGUACUCAUGAGUCAGUGAAACUUGAGUCUUCAUUGAGUGUUAGCCUCUCCAUGAGUUUCUGAAAGACGUUUUUCAAGCAUCAGUGAGUCAGUGAAACUUGAGUCUUUGUCAAAAACGGUGAGUUUGUGAGACGGGUUUUUCGAGGACCAGUGAGUCAGUGAAACUUGAGUCUUUGUCAAAAACGGUGAGUUUGUGAGACGAGUUUUUCGAGGACCAGUGAGUCCGUGAAACUCGGGUCUUCGUCGAGUACUCAUGAGUCAGUGAAACUUGAGUCUUCAUCGAGUGUUUUUGAAAGAUGCUUUUCGAGCACCAGUGAGUCAGUGAAAGUCCAGUCUCGGUCUAGCACACAAGUGAGUGAAACCUGAGUCCUCAAGUACGGGUGAGUCGGUGGAACUGGAGUCUUUGUUGAUCGCUGGUCUUGGUGGAGCAGCCAUGAUGCAGCCUGGACCGGAAUGGGAAAAGGAGAAUGGAUUUGACGCAAGGAACAGAUGGGAAUGUGGAUACUACAUUUAUACUACUACUACUACUACUACUACUACUACUACUACUACUACUAUUACUACUACUAUUUCUAUGGGGAUGUGGAUAGUAAAUCUAUACUACUGUACUAUUUCUAUACUACUGUACUAUUUCUAUACUACAGUACUAUUUCUAUACUACAGUACUAUUUAUAUGGGGAUGUGGAUAGUAAAUGUAUACUACUGUACUAUUUCUAUGGGGAUGUGGAUAGUAAAUCUAUACUACUGUACUAUUUCUAUACUACUGUACUAUUUCUAUACUACAGUACUAUUUCUAUACUACAGUACUAUUUAUAUGGGGAUGUGGAUAGUAAAUGUAUACUACUGUACUAUUUCUAUGGGGAUGUGGAUAGUAAAUCUAUACUACUGUACUAUUUCUAUACUACUGUACUAUUUCUAUACUACAGUACUAUUUCUAUGGGGAUGUGGAUAGUAAAUGUAUACUACUGUAGUAUUUCUAUGGGGAUGUGGAUAGUAAAUGUAUACUACAGUACUAUUUCUAUGGGGAUGUGGAUAGUAAAUGUAUACUACUGUAGUAUUUCUAUAGGGAUGUGGAUAGUAAAUGUAUACUACUGUAGUAUUUCUAUGGGGAUGUGGAUAGUAAAUGUAUACUACAGUACUAUUUCUAUGGGGAUGUGGAUAGUAAAUGUAUACUACUGUAGUAUUUCUAUAGGGAUGUGGAUAGUAAAUGUAUACUACUGUAGUAUUUCUAUGGGGAUAUGGAUAGUAAAUGUAUACUACUGUAGUAUUUCUAUACUACAGUACUAUUUCUAUGGGGAUGUGGAUAGUAAAUGUAUACUACUGUAGUAUUUCUAUGGGGAUAUGGAUAGUAAAUGUAUACUACUGUAGUAUUUCUAUACUACAGUACUAUUUCUAUGGGCAUGUGGAUAGUAAAUCUAUACUACUGUAGUAUUUCUAUGGGGAGGUGGAUAGUAAAUGUAUACUACUGUACUAUUUCUAUACUACAGUACUAUUUCUCUACUACAGUACGUCCUUUCUUCCAACCAAAGGUUACCUAACCUGCUGUGCUGCCUUGCUCAGCACCUUGGUGAUUGAUGGGCGU